AUGGGGACACGUGUAAGCCCAUACCUCUGACACACUACCCUCCACGCGCCGUCACGCAUGGCGGAGCUUUUACCUGAAACCGGUCAAUUUGUCUCGGACGUGAUUUCCAAGUCGACCCAUUUGAAUCAUUUGAAGCAAGUUCAAUCCUUUCUCGUCGUUGCUGGACUAAGUCACUCACCGUUCCUCUGUUUCAAGCUCCUCCGUUUCUGCACUCUUCGUCUCUGUAACGUCUCCUACGCUCGCUUUAUCUUUGAUCGCUUCUCUUACCCCAAUACGCAUCUCUACGCAGCCGUUUUAACCGCUUACUCUUCUGCUCUCCCUCUCCAUGCUUCCUCCGCCUUCUCCUUCUUCCGUCUUAUGGUUAACCGCUCUGUUCCCCGUCCUAAUCACUUCAUCUACCCUCUCGUCCUCAAAUCAACACCGCAUCUCUCCUCUGCUUUCUCAACUCCUUUGGUGCAUUCACAUUUGUUUAAAUCCGGGUUUCAUCACUACCUCGUCGUGCAAACUGCUCUGCUUCACGCAUACGCCUCCUCUGUUUCUCACAUCCCUCUUGCAAGACAACUGUUCGACGAAAUGUCUGAGAGAAACGUUGUUUCUUGGACUGCUUUGCUUUCUGGGUAUGCGAGAUCCGGUGAUAUCUCCAAUGCUAUUACCCUCUUUGACGAAAUGCCUGAGCGUGAUGUCCCUUCCUGGAACGCCAUUCUUACUGCUUGUACACAGAACGGUCUCUUUGUGGAAGCGAUUUCUCUGUUUGGAAAGAUGAUCAAUGAGGCUAAUGUUUUUCCUAAUGAGGUAACUCUAGUUUGUGUCCUAUCCGCGUGCGCUCAAACUGGUAACCUUCAGCUAGCCAAGGGGAUUCACGCCUUUGCAUACCGUCGUUCCCUUUCUUUCGAUAUGUUCGUUUCGAAUUCCUUGGUGGAUUUGUAUGGAAAAUGUGGCAACUUGGUGGAAGCAAGCUCUGUUUUUAAGACGGCGAACAAGAAAAGUUUAACAGCUUGGAACUCCAUGAUAAACUGCUUUGCCCUCCAUGGUAGAAGCGAAGAGGCCAUAGCAGUGUUUGAAGAGAUGAUGAGUAACGAUGUAAAGCCAGAUCACAUUACUUUUAUCGGUCUUCUCAAUGCGUGUACACAUGGAGGUUUGGUAACAAAAGGUCGAGAAUAUUUAGACCUCAUGACAAACAGAUACAAUAUUGAGCCAAGGAUUGAGCAUUACGGCUGCCUAAUAGAUCUUCUAGGCAGGGCAGGUUUCUUUGAUGAAGCAUUGGAAGUUAUGGCCGGGAUGAAGAUGAAAGCAGAUGAAGCUAUUUGGGGAUCAUUGCUCAAUGCUUGUAGGAAGUAUGGCCAUUUGGAUUUGGCUAUAGUUGCUGUUAACAAUCUGGUUACUCUAAAUCCCAACAAUGGAGGUUACAUCUCUAUGAUGGCAAAUUUAUAUGGAGAGAUGGGUAACUGGGUAGAGGCACGCAGAGCUAGAAAGAUGAUUAAACACCAGAAUGCUUAUAAAACACCAGGCUGUAGUUGGAUUAUGAUCGAUGGUAAAGUCAAUCAGUUCUAUUCUCUUGACAAGUCGCAUCCGAAGAGCGAGGAGAUAUAUAUGAUACUUGACAGUUUGAUGUCUUUAUGACACCUUGGGAUGGUCCUAGAUUUUCCAUAUCACCUGACAACCUGACAAAGCUGUGUACUCUUCUUUCUAAUAGCUAGUGUCAUGGACAAUGGAUGAUUUACACUGGAAAUCGACUUCAGAGAAGCUGUGAAAGUUAUAAUUUUUCCAUUUUUUAAAUUGGCUGAUCCAGGUUACACUUUUUACUAAUACCCAACAGCUGUUACUGUAAUGUUAUAACGUGAUUUUACAGCAAAAGAUAUGUUGCUUCUUGAGCCAGUUACUUUCUGACUUCUCAUGUUACUCGAGCCAAAAAACUAUUAUGAUACUCUCGUUUACAUGUUGUUUGUACUUUGAUUAAACAUGGCGAGUAGGAGAAGUUACUUAUGUUAUCCAUUACAUGUUCUUAAUGUUUUCGUAUCACUUUUUCGCGUAGAUUUGUUGGGACUGAUCGAUAAACAAACACAUAAUAUAAAGACCUGUUACAUGUUUUAUUGCAUUUAGUAAUAUAUAUUACAAAAGUCUUACAAGACAUCAAACUCGGUUCUGGAUUUAACAAGAGCUCUUGUUAG